AGAUGCAUGACGCCAGUUGCAAAGGUUACAUGCACACACGGAUCCCACUGUGAGUCGCACUGCGGAGGAGCAGCGGAGAGACUUUGGAUUUUUUUUUAAGUAAUAACAAGAGAAGAGAGUAAACUCGUGCUCAGUGCGGCGCUGAUGGACCGUAACUGUGGAUGAUGUUGGAGCGGGAGGUCGGUCGGAUUGCUGCGGGCUUGUGCUCCGCUUUCCCCCGCCGCGAAGCGCCGUGAAACGGCUCCAGAGGGUCCGGAGUGGCAGCGCUCAAGUUUGGACGCACCGCCAUCUUUGGUCUCCGACCCCGCGCUCCUAGUUUUUUCGUCUAAAUAUCUCACCGCCUGCAACGCGUGGAUUAGAGAUGGAGGAGUUGCAGUCUUUGGACCCGCGCCGCCAAGAGCUCCUGGAGGCUCGCUUCAUGGGGGCCGUCAGCGGCAACACCGGCGGCAGCACGGGGAGUACCAGCGGAGGAGCCAAGGGGUUGAACAAUAAUGAGUGCUCUAAUCACAGCUUUGGCAGCCUGGGUUCAUUAAGUGAUAAAGAGUCGGAGAACUCUGAUAUGAAAAGAGGAGGUUCUCCAGCUUAUUCGACACCUGAGAAGAAGCACUCUGAGUCAUCCAGAAGAAAGAGAAAAGCUGACAACCAAUCAGAGAGCAACCAAGGAAAGUCUUCCGGCCGAGGGGCUAAGAUCAGCGAUUAUUUUGAUCUGCAGGGUGGAAAUGGCUCCAGUCCAGUGAGGGGUCUUCCGGCUGCCCUCCGCUCCCCACACGGCUCACACUCUGCACCAGGAUCUAUUGUUCGACAAAACAGCUCCUCACCCACCAGCCUGUGUUUCACUGAUCCCACGACACACCCAAAGCAGCUCAGCAGCAGAAAUGUGCAGACUGACCUUACGCUGCUGAAGCUUGCUGUACUUGAGAGCAAUAAGAAUCUUGAUCUGGAGAAAAAGGAAGGAAGAAUAGAUGAUCUGCUCAGGGCUAACUGUGACCUCCGGAGACAGAUUGAGGAACAGCAGAAGCUGCUGGAGAGAUAUAAAGAGCGGCUGAACAAAUGCACUACCAUGAGCAAAAAACUCCUCAUUGAAAAGAGUACACAGGAGAAACAGUCAUGUCGGGAGAAAAGCAUGCAGGACCGCCUGAGGCUUGGCCACUUCACCCCAGUCCGACACGGAGCAUCAUUUACAGAGCAGUGGACUGAUGGAUACGCCUUCCAGAACCUGAUUAAACAGCAGGAGUGGGUGAAUCAGCAGAGGGAGGACAUUGAAAGGCAGCGGAAACUUUUAGCAAAGAGAAAACCCCCCAGUACGGCCCCCUCGCAGAGCCCCGCCCCUUACGGAGAAUCCAAACCCAGAAAGACCAAAGCAGUGAACGGAUCCGACAGUGACCCCUUCCUCAAACCCAGCCUACCUACCCUAUUGACUGUAGCAGAAUAUCACGAACAGGAAGAAAUCUUCAAGCUGAGACUGGGCCACCUUAAAAAGGAGGAGGCCGAGAUCCAGGCUGAGCUGGAGCGUUUGGAGCGAGUGAGAAAUUUGCAUAUUCGUGAACUGAAGAGAAUCAGUAAUGAGGACAGCUCACAGUUUAAAGAUCAUCCCACUCUCAAUGAUCGGUAUCUACUGUUGCACUUACUUGGAAGAGGAGGAUUCAGUGAGGUUUACAAGGCUUUUGACCUGUUUGAACAGCGCUACGCUGCGGUUAAAAUCCACCAACUCAACAAAAACUGGAGAGAAGAGAAAAAGGAAAACUACCACAAGCAUGCCUGUAGAGAAUACCGAAUCCACAAGCAACUGGACCAUCCCAGAAUAGUCAAGCUGUACGACUACUUUUCCCUGGACACAGACACAUUCUGUACAGUGUUAGAGUUCUGCGAGGGAAAUGAUCUGGACUUUUAUCUGAAGCAGCAUAAGCUGAUGUCAGAGAAGGAAGCUCGGUCCAUCGUCAUGCAGAUUGCUAAUGCUCUCCGAUACCUCAACGAGAUCAAACCGCCAAUCAUUCACUACGACCUCAAACCAGGAAACAUUCUGCUGGUGGAUGGCACGGCGUGCGGAGAGAUAAAAAUCACAGAUUUUGGUCUUUCAAAGAUCAUGGAUGAUGAUAACUACGGGGUGGAUGGCAUGGACCUGACCUCACAGGGGGCCGGAACUUACUGGUAUUUACCACCAGAGUGUUUUGUAGUUGGUAAAGAGCCUCCAAAGAUCUCCAACAAAGUGGAUGUUUGGUCUGUGGGUGUCAUUUUCUUCCAGUGUCUGUAUGGACGCAAGCCUUUUGGCCAUAACCAGUCCCAGCAGGACAUCCUCCAGGAAAACACCAUUCUCAAAGCUACUGAAGUCCAGUUCCCUCCUAAACCUGUGGUCAGCAAUGAAGCCAAGGCGUUUAUUCGGCGCUGUUUGGCCUAUAGAAAGGAGGAUCGCUACGAUGUCCACCAGCUGUGCAGCGACUCCUACCUGCUUCCACACAUCAGGCGAUCCAAUUCGUCAGGAAAUCUGCAGGCCACACCCUCUAGUCCCGCCUCUUCCGGCAUCAUCUCCUACUGAUCUUUCCAAUCAGAAGAUUGAUUGAUUGAUGGUUUUCAGCAGCGCUUUCCCUCACCUGCUCACCCCCUAACGAACGAAAAGGGGGAGAGACCCGUGAGCCUAAAGACACGCCCCCGGUCCGGCAGCGGUUGCCGUGGUCAUAAGCAAGAAUGGCCGAAGUCCCCGCCUCCUCCUGGAUGCAGCUGUGUCGAGCACAGAUGGAAAAACUUGAAAAUGUACAGCUUCAGUUUUAUGAUUUUAGAUAGAGGUGAUUUAUUGAAGCAGUUCUAAGUACAAAGGGAGGAACUGUCUGUUAGCACAGAAACGUACAGGCACUGCUGAGGGAGACUUUACAUGUUUAAACUUCUCGCUGUCAUUUACCAUGUGUUAGACUACCCUGUAAGGGUUGUGUGUAUGUGUGUGUGUGUUUGCGUGAGAGGUGAGUGGGUGUAUAUGUGCAUUUUGAAGCUGGUGUUGUGUGUCUGUUUGUUGCCUGUGUUCUGGAGUGUGUGUCCAUCUAUCAAAGAUGCUGUUGAGGAAAGUGAGUGUGUGUGUGUGUGUUUGUGUCUCAUAGUUACAGUGUUAGUAUAUCUUCACUGUCAUAAAAAUCUUGUGACGACAGGUUUUUCUAACAUUUCUUCUAUGAAAUGUUAACUUUUGUUCCUUCUCCCAUGAAAUGACCCCUUUUAGAGAUGGGAGUUUUUUUUUUUCAGUGACAAAGCGAGGACUUUUUUUUUUUUCUUCUUCAGAGAUGAAGAUACAAACUUCUUUAUCUCCUCCAGCUGUGACGUAUACAUUCUGUCUGUGUGUCUGUUAGCAGAUAUACAAUUUUUUUCUGCAGGUUCUGAUCCUUCCUCUGAUUUCUCCUUCUGUUCUGUUGCAUUUUUCUUUCCUAAGGCAAGUUUUACAUUGCUGCUAUACAGUGUUGCUUUUUAUUUAGCUUUUUUUUUUUUUUAGUUGUAUGAUUUUAAUGUAGAAAUCACAGCAUGUUGAUCAUUAAAUAAUCUGCAGUCAGGUUCUUAAGUGUGUAACUUGUGAACAUUACCUCAGUGGAUUUAAAAUGAUGCAGUAAACAUGUGGGUUAGGUGUGGACUUUCAGCUUUAAUUUAAGGAGUAUAUAAAGAAUACUGCAUUAAUGUAGAUGACUUGACAGAUUCCGUCAGCAUUUGUCCCAGUCCCACACACAAUGAAGACAUUUUGGCCAGCUGGCUGUUUACUUUUAAUAAAAAGAAAGUAAUAUUUUUAAUUAUUAAAAGUUUUUUUUUUUUUUGCUUUGCUACAGACAGCAUAGUAAAAAGUUUAUAGCCUCUAUAAACCCCUAUAUAUAUCACAACUACACAUAAUAAGAUAACUGACCAUCUUUAGACUCCACUAUUUAAGUAUCACAAUAAUUAGAAUGUUGCAUUAUUUCCUGCUGAUUGUUUAGCUAUUUUCCCCUGUGGUAAUGAUGCUUGCUUAUUAGUAUGUGACUCCUAAUUUUAUAUACCGGUAGAUAUAGUUUGUUCAUUUGCAUUAGUUUGAUUUUUUUUUUUUUUCCAGUUUUCUUUCAUUUUCCCUUUCUCUGUGGUGUAGUUUUCUCCCAUUGUUUUGUAUGCACAGUGAAUUGUGGGAAAUGGAGGCCUGGCAUGGAUGCACAUCCUCUAAAGUGAUCUGAAUGUUUGCUAUAUUCCUCAGCUGUAUAUAAAGAGUCCCUCAGCGUGCAAUGUCCCUCUAGGACAUAGCUUUUUUUUUUAAAGGAUCCGUGAAUGUUUUGGGACUGCAGACCUAAUAUCUGAUUUAUUCUCAUUACAGUUUAAUUGCAGCAUUUCAAAUCCACUGAGGUACACUAUAAAAAUAUAAAAUGAGUUCAAAUUACAAUUAACACUGUCCAUAUACUUAUGAACCUGACUGUAGUGUUUUGUUUGUGUGUGCGCUUGAGCAGGAGUGUGUGUGUGUGUGUGCGCGCGUGAGAGAGUAAUAAAUUUAACUGAAGAGAGAUGGAAGGUGGGCCGGACCCCGCCCAUGGCGAUGAUGUUGACUAAGAUAAUGCUGAUUAUAGCCCAUGUGUCCUGAGCCACUGCUCUCCUGAUGCUAGGCAACUUGUGACCCCAGACUCCAGGACAGCCACUCUGACUGGCUCACAGUCUCAUUAGUCAGGUUGUGUUCAGCAGUCCUGGGUCAAACUUCUUCGCUUGUUUUUCUCUAUAUCUCUCUCUCUCUGAACCCCCGUCGUCAGCUCGACACCUGUGAUCUGUCUCUAAAAUGCUGCUGCAAUUGUAGGGAAUGUAGCCAAAAGAGAAAUAAAAACUAAGAAAACUUAUUUUAAUACAA